AUGCCAUCCUUUCUUAAACGGUUCGCAACCAUCUCUCAUGGUUCAGGUCAAUCUAAAAAAGACCGGAUCAACAAAAAAGCCAACAGCAAUCACAAAAACGCCAGCAGCAGCAACGUGCUUUCAAUAGCAUUAGGGCAUCAUCCACGAAGGCAAACACAUACAGGCACAUGUGGGACUAGUUCUGCACAUGAGUUAGAUCAAGAGUUGGUCAAGAGGAAUAGCUCCAUGAGCACCGAUAGCAGUGUUUCCUCUUCAUCUUACACAUCCUCACCCUCCAACGUCUCCACUGCAAUGACAUCCAAUUCUUCAUUACCCUUUGAUCUGAAAAAUAGUUCGUCGCAAGAAAAUACCUAUUGUUAUCAUCAGCAACAGCAGAUUAGUACCACUUCCACAAAUGCUGUAGAGCCACCAAAAAAGAAAACACCAACUAACCAUAAUCAACAAGAGCCCUCACAUUCCUUGCCAUCAACAUCAACAACAUUAUCGUCCUCACAUUCUUUUCAACAGACUCCUAAUAUCCCCAUCCCCUCUUCUGGCUCAAGGCAUGACAGAGCAGCAUCAGAAAGCCUAGAAGACGGGGAGCAGAGGCAGAAGAGUGGUUCCCUUUCAUUAACCUUAGAUCCUCGCGCGAGCUCCAUGCCCACACUUCAACAUUCCUCUACUUCGCAUUCUACUUCUUUGAGGGAUCAACAUCAUCAACCUAUCCAACCGAGUCCUUAUCAUUCAGCGGCUUUUACCCCUAUUGUAACCAAUGUCACUACUGCUUCAUCACCCAUGUCAUCGUUAAGUCCCACUUCUGGACUAAGAUUGAGUAAUAUCAGGGGUGGCAGUGUGGAGCAGCGCUCACGUCCAUUAUCUGAACACUUCAACUUGGAUCCUCCUCCUAGGGCCACUUUGAAAAAGUCCCAAACUCUAAGCAGCAAAAAGAAAAUCGUAAAUAAAUCAUUGCCGAGCUUUUUACCUCAGCAUGAGCAACAGCAGGAACAGGAACAACAGGAGGAAGUUCAUGAGCAGUCAUUGUAUGGUAGUGGCACGAUUAAUCCUCGCUUGGCGUAUCAGCCCAAGAUCGGCCGAUGGGGAAGUAAGAGUGGAGUUGGGAUCAACGAGAUGAUGAUCGAUCUGGAGACGGCAGGUGUUUUUGUCCCUUCUAAUGGCCAACGUCUUCGCGCAGAAUUUGUCUAUCGGACAGUGAUUCAAUGUGCGGACGAGAUCCGUCGUCGAGGCCUUGACCAUGAAAAUAUCCUCCUCAAUCCUUCACCUAAAAAAGUCAUUUUAUCUAUGAUCGCGCUCAUGACAGACCAAGAGCGUUGUGACUUAUACUCGAUCCAAUGUCUCAGGAUCGAUACAGUUGCAGGCUUGAUGUUGAACUUGCUUUCACAAAUGUCGAACCCCGUGAUCCCUUAUGCAGUGAUGGAGCAUUAUUUCAAGCAAGGUGGAUAUUCGACCACACGAUCACCUGCAUUGGAAGCCGUGAUCAGCAAUGCUAAGACGCCAAUUUUGCCAGUAUCAAAAGCAUCAACGACCUUACGGAGUCGGCAUCGAAAGUCAUUGUCUGUUCCAGCGAUGAUAUCGACGCGCACAGCUGAAUCAUCCACAGCCACAGCUUCCACAGUAACUCCGGACAGUAGUGAGGGAAGUGCACCUGUGCCAUCGAGCUCACCAAGAUCUCCAGCGUCUAUUGACGUUCUGUUAUCUUUACCUGCCAUUCCUGCACUACCCCCAAAAGGAAGCCCACAAGCAACCAAUGUUGCAUGGGCACGCGAGCACUUUGAUUUGGCUAUGUUCUUGGCUGUACUGCCUGAGAUGAAUCGAGUCAUUCUAUUGGAGGUAUUGCAUCUCUGCCAAGAACUCCUGGAUCACCAACUCUGGAACCAUUUGACGAUCAGUCGAUUGGUCCAACAGAUCUCACCGGCCUUGUUCUCAACCGUAUUUGAUCGAAGGAUCUUGGAGAGCAUGGCAGGAGGGCCGGUGAGCUGUUCGAUCCAUGGAGAAACUAUUUCUUCAGAAGAAGGAGCAAGAGCUGAGAGUCACUUGUUUAUGGUGAUCCUAGUGCGGUUCCUACACCUUACAGCUGGGGCUAAUGCAGUCAAUCCUCUGAUGAAUAAUAUAAACCUGACUGUUAGCGGAGCUGAAGGCGUCUAUGGCCCCAAUGGUGCUGGAAUUACGUUCCGAAAGAGUCAAGAACGUCUUAUGGAAGAUCAGCAAGAGUACCAUAAGAGAAUGGCUCAUGCGUAUCAUCAGAUGGAGAUCCAAAAGCAACCAUCUCAGCAUUUCGGUGUAUACAGUGCUAGCCAGAAGCAACAGCAACAAAAGGAAAGAUCAGGUUCAAAUCUUUCACUUCCAGCCAACCCUCAGGACAUCAUCGCUGGAAGUAGCGCCGCAGGGACGACAACUAUGCUUAGUCCAUGCCAAUCAUUGAGCGAAAUAAUGAUGCCAGAGGCAUCAUCUUCACUAAGGAAGAAGGCUUCACAACAUGAUCAUUUCAAGCCUAUCCGUUCUCACCCCCUGGGGAAAGCCAUUGCUGCGUAA